GGGGAAGACCAGCAUCAUUACCCGGUUCAUGUAUGACAAGUUCGACACCACCUAUCAGGCUACAAUCGGCAUUGAUUUUCUCUCAAAGACAAUGUAUCUUGAAGAUCGGACAGUCCGCCUGCAACUAUGGGACACUGCAGGACAAGAAAGAUUUAGAAGCUUAAUUCCGAGCUACAUCAGGGAUUCAUCUGUUGCGGUUAUUGUUUAUGAUGUAGCCAAUCGGCAAUCAUUUUUAAAUACGUCAAAGUGGAUUGAGGAAGUUCGCACAGAACGUGGUGGUGAUGUUAUCAUUGUUCUUGUGGGAAACAAAACUGAUCUCGUGGACAAAAGACAAGUUUCUAUAGAAGAAGGUGAAGGCAAGUCUCGAGACCUUGGAGUCAUGUUCAUAGAGACCAGUGCCAAAGCAGGAUUCAACAUAAAGCCACUAUUCAGGAAAAUUGCAGCAGCUCUGCCAGGGAUGGAGAACUUGUCUUCUACCAAACAAGAAGAAAUGGUCGAUGUGAAUCUGAAGCCCACUGCGAGUUCGUCCCACACCGUGCAGCAAUCUAGUGGAUGCGCCUGCUAGAAAUCAGCACUAACCAACAUAGAUCCUUCACUAGGCUUGAGAGCCAUUGCAGGUUUGGAAACUUUCUCAGUUCCUCGUAUUGUCCCGUUUGAUUGUGAUUACUUGUGGGCUUUCCUUUUAUCUGAUCCGACGUGAUAGAAAACAGAACAUUCGUUUAUUCAGUUUCUUCCAUUCGGCCUUCACGAAUUAAGAGAACAAUCAGGAGUCCUGUGUCAACAUUUGUGCUGCGGGUGGAAAUUUUCUUGGAAACUAUAUUCUCUUUGAUAAUGCUUUUUAGUUAUAUUUUUUAAAAAAUGUUAUAUUAUAAACUUUGAUUUAUUUAUGAAAUACCAAAAAAAUGUUUUGAUGCAGUUGUAUCUCUUUGGUUGAUUUUCUAACUUUGGGUUAUAUAUUUUAAGGAUAAUUAUUGAUAAUUCA